UCUGAUAAAUAAUAAUUAAUAAACCAUAUAUUAUGCUAAGCCUAGCUAGCUACCUAGCUGAUAUGGCUAUAAAUAGAAACGUCCGCACAAUGGGUGUUUGGUGCAAUGAGGGUGAUCAAAAUGGGUCGUCUUCCACUUACUUUUUGCCUCACCUUUCUGCUUAUGGCGACGGUAACGUUUGGUGUACCUCCUAAGAAGUCCAUUGAUGUUCCUUUUGGCAGGAACUAUUUCCCCACUUGGGCUUUUGAUCACAUUAAGUAUCUCAAUGGUGGUUCUGAAGUGCAUCUCGUCCUUGACAAGCACACUGGCACUGGCUUUCAGUCAAAGGGUUCAUACUUGUUUGGCCACUUCAGUAUGCACAUAAAGAUGGUUCCUGGAGACUCUGCCGGAACUGUGACCGCCUUCUAUUUAUCAUCACAGAACUCAGAACAUGAUGAGAUAGAUUUUGAGUUCCUAGGGAACAGAACCGGUCAGCCUUACAUUUUGCAGACAAACGUGUUUACAGGAGGCAAAGGAAACAGAGAGCAGAGGAUCAACCUCUGGUUUGACCCUUCCAAGAACUAUCAUUCCUAUUCAGUUCUCUGGAAUAUGCAUCAGAUUGUGUUCUUUGUGGAUGAUGUUCCCAUAAGAGUGUUCAAGAACAGCAAAGACAUUGGGGUGAAGUUUCCAUUCAACCAGCCGAUGAAGAUAUAUUCAAGUCUUUGGAACGCAGAUGACUGGGCCACAAGGGGAGGGUUAGAGAAGACUAACUGGGCAAAGGCUCCUUUCGUCGCCUCCUACAGAGGCUUCCAUAUUGAUGGAUGUGAGGCUUCGGUGAGUGCUAAGUUCUGUGAGACGCAAGGGAAACGUUGGUGGGAUAAGGAGGAGUUUCAAGACUUGGAUGCUAAACAGUACAAGCGUCUCAAAUGGGUUCGUAAGAGAUACACUAUCUAUAACUAUUGUACCGACCGUGUCAGGUUUCCUAAGCCUCCUCCUGAGUGCCGCAGAGACCGUGACAUUUAGUGUUUUUCUCAGAGUUCAUUUUUAUAUAUUUUCCCAGUUGUUGUAUCCACAAGCUUGCGAGCUAGAGAAACUUGAAUUGUUACAAUGGUACUUGUGAUGUAAACUAAUAAUAACCAUUCACUCAAA